AUGUCUAAAUGCAAUAUACAGUUGAUUGAAAAGGAAAAAACGCGAACGGCAUUUCCUUACUAUGAGUUAAAUGAAGACAAUUGCAGAAAAGGAUGUGAUGAAAACACAGUUUUUCAAAACGCACUGUUUGAUCCAUCUGUAUUUCAUGAAAAACAUACUGAUGAUGAUUCUUUACCGACAAGUUCAGCAGGGGAGAAGGAACCAAUAUUUCAAAAUAUGGAGUCAUUAUUUAUGAAAGACAGAUCAGAUUUCAAACCAAGGGUCUUGGAAAAUCCCCUUUCUUUUAGCAAAGUCAAUAAAUCACUUGACUCAGAUACCCUGGACAACUCUUUUGCAGUAGACACUUCAGAGAAAAGUAAAAUAGUUUCUGAUUCAAAGCCAGAGGAAAUCAUUGAAGUAGACGAUACAGAUUACUAUGAUAGCGAAGAUGAAUACUGGAAUAAUCAUAAAGUCCGGGAGGAUAAGGAAAGGGAUGGACAGAGAUAUAUGAAGUCAUCUGCAAAAGCUACAGGGACAGGGAGAUAUAGAUAUAUAUUAUUUUCUUUCUAUGUUCGAACGAAAUAUCCAUUAGAAGUGAAAAAAGUAAAGAAGGAUGAAUGGGGAGUAGAACAAUUCAAUAAUAUGCCAAUAUUUCAAAGAUCCAUCCAUAGAUUUGCAAGUGAUAAUGACUUCGAGAUACAGGAUGUGAUAUCAGAUGGCAACUGCCUUUUCAGUGCAAUUGCAGAUCAAUUAAUGAUUAAUGGGUCUCCAGGACACACUGGGAUCUCCUUGAGGCAAACCACCAUUCAUCAUCUUAACAUAAACCCUCGAAAAAAGAAUGGGGAUCAUCCUUCUUCCUUCCUAACAGAUGAAACAUGGGAGGAAUACCUCGCAAGAAUGGAGAGACCGGGAGAAUGGGGUGAUCAUAUAGCCCUUCAAGCCCUUGCUGAUGUAUUUCUGCUAGAAGUCAUCAUUUUUAACGUCUACCAAGAUGACAUAAGAAGAACAGAGGUUACUACAAAGUCCAAUGAAAAGAUUCAGAAGAAACUGAAAAUAUACCUUGGUCACCUUGGGGAGUUCCACUAUUUGAGUUUACGUCCAAGAAAAUGGCGAUUACAUUGGCCUUACAAAGCAUUGCUUUUUCGGAUACUGAAGAGUUCUGAUGAUCUGGAUAUAGAAUUUAAGCAAAGUUUUCUCAAGAAGAGUGUUAGAGGCAUGCCAACUGGAAAAUAUAUUUCAAAAAGUGAAAUAGACGAAACUGCUGAAUAUGUGUCACAGGAAAUGGAGAGAAUAAAUAUCAAUAAAGAUAAAACAGACAAUAACACUGAUGAUAUAUUCAAAACUUACAGCGGACAAGAACUUCUUUUGGAGGAAAUAGAAGAUUCUCAACAGUGUAUGAUUGAGGAUCCUCUGCACACUGACCAGGUGUCUGGAAUUCCUUUACCGCAUUUGUCAUUUAUCCUGAAGCACCUCAUACCCUUCAAUAUGAUUGACGUCUUUAAAGACCCAGAGGGAUUUCUUCAACAACUAGAAGGAACUUAUUUUCACUUCAUAGGGUCACAUGCAGACGGAAGCAUUUUUUCCCUGAAAGACAUUACCGAAACACAGUAUAUGACAGCGUAUUACAACCAAACCAUGAAGAAGGCCAAUGUGGUUGUUGUAAAAAUUGACACGCCUGUAUUGCCCCCAUUUAUCCCAUCAGAACUUCGAAAAGGACCUGGUGUUUAUUUUGACGAUUUACAUACAUACCCAGGAUAUUGUAGAUUAAAACUGCCUCCAAAUCAUAUCCCACUGGUUGAUGAAAACGUCAUCACAACAGAAUCUGGAUCUUACUUACAAGCUUACAAUGUUCCCAAAAAUUCAAAUUUAACUUCAAAACUAUCACAGAACAUUGAAAUUAAAUACAUUGGAUUUCCUUGCCCUUUUCUUCCAAUAGCUUAUUUCUGGUUGACCAAAACUCGUAAAUUUGACUUCCCAUCUCAAGAACUGUUAAAUUCAAUGAUGAGUAUCUCUUUUACGCUUAUUCCCAAGGCACAUCCCAAAAGUGAAAACCCAGCAAUUGAAUGGAAAUACAAUUUUACCAUUGCAGAACAUAUGAUAUUCAAAAGUUUCACUCACUCACAGAAACAUGGAUUCAUGAUUUUUAAAAUUCUAAUUGAUAACAUGACUUUCCAUCAUGAAAGUAGACUGAAAACAAAGCAUCUUAAGGCUAUUUUUUUAAAUUCGUGUGAAGAAAUCCCGUCUUCUGCUUGGGAUACGAAUUUCAGUGGCUGUGUGUUAUUUGUCUUCUGUGAGUUAGUUUCCUGCCUCAAGCGCAGAUUAUUGCCGCAUCAUUUUAUACCUGAAAUUAAUUUGCUUGAAUGUUUUUUACCAACUGACAUUGACACCUUCUGUGUUAUUAUUGAGUCCAUAAGGGUAUUUCCUGCUACCAUUUUACAGUUUGUUGCUGAGAAGCAUGGAUUUUUGUAUGCAACAAAAUUAGUGAGAGAUUCUCUCAAAAACCUUACAAAAUUCGUCGAAACAAGGGAUAUAGUUUCUGUCACUAAAAACACUCUUAUCCCAGGGUCCUUCCGUGUUGCCAAGGUUCUCUCAAAAAAUGGAUUCUAUACCACAGCAUAUUAUCUUUUGAAUGAUAUGCACAGACAGACACAACUGAUACCUGAAAUUGUAAGCAAGCACACAUUGCCAAACCUUCAUGAUUUUUUCUGCAGUGCCAUUGAUCAAAUGCGACAGAAAUCGUCUCGAGUAAUACUUGCAAGAAUGUACGACAAAGACUUUGGUACAUGCAUGGCUGAUUCAUAUCUGAAGAUAACUGAAUUGUCCUUGGCAAAAGUUAUACCUUGGGCUGUUGAUGAUAGAAUCAACUGGUUAGACGUUCCAAAAGAUGCAUUAGAGGAUUUUUCAUCAAUAGCUGAAUUUUUGUUCGAAUACAGCCUACGUGAAUAUGAAAGAAGAAAUAAAAUUCUCUCUACUCUUACAAUAGAAACAUGCAUUCGUUGUAUAAGACAUGCAAUCCAAGAAGAUUUACUAGAUAUAAGAAACAUAGAGGACAUAGAACUUAAACAAGAAAUUUUAUCACAAAAGCAGGAACUAAAAGCUAGGUUGAAGCAGUACUACUUACACGUUUUCUAUAUCUCAAGACUAGAUCUCCAAUUUUCUCCACUGAUCGAGCACAUGCCUGCUAUUGAAAAACUUUGCAAAGAGUUUCCUGAUAUGGCACUACUUGUGAGUGAGAUGUUUGCGUAUCUUAAAAUGGACGAUGAAAGCAGAAAAUAUGCAUCCCAUUUUUCUAGGCUUUUUCGAUCAGGCAAGUAA